AUGCAAUCUACAUACUUAAUGUUCAAAAGACCUUCUACUACAGCAAGUAGAGAGUUGGCUGUUGAAAAUAUUUCAAGAAGAUCAUCCGUUGCUAGAAGAGAAAGUGAUCGAUCUGGAAGAAAAAGUGUUGAAGAAUUAAGUGCUGAUCGAUUAAACCAAUACCUAGAUGGAGGAAAAGGAACAAAUGAAAGUCAUGGAAUCUUUGAACAAAUAGUUGAUGGUGUUAAUGAAAAAAAUAGACCACCAACAACAUUUCCUAAAAUUCCAGAACCAACAACAAAAGAAAGGUGGAAAAAGCGUCUUAGAAUAAUUUUUCCUCAUGUUGGUUUAGUUUUUUUAUCAUGUGCUUAUACUUUAAUAGGAGCUUCAAUAUUUCAUUAUUAUGAGAUGCCAUAUGAAAUACGAAUAAGAAAUGAAACAUCUCAACGUAUAAAUACAUUAAAAAUGAAUAUUAUUAAUGAAUUAUGGAGUAUGGUACAGGAACAAGAAAAUAUUACUUUACGUAAUUUUGAUAGUUUUUCAUCAUACGCUCAUCAAGGGAUGAAUAAUGUAAUAAAAGAUGUAUUUGUUGAUUAUACAAAAAAUUACAUGACACCGGACGAUAUUAUCAAUGGUACGGGUCCCAUAAAAUGGACGUUCGGUUCCAGUAUCUUUUUCUCAUGGACAGCUAUAACAACUAUUGGUUAUGGACAUAUAGUACCAAGAACGAAUCAAGGACGUAUUGCGUGCCUUUUAUAUGCUUUAAUAGGAAUUCCACUUAUUCUUGUAACAAUUGCAGAUAUGGGUCGUUUUUUAAGUGGUGGUAUAAUAUUUCUUUACAACUUUCUUCGUAAAUUAUUUUAUAGAACAAUUAGAAAAAUUUACAAAUGUUUUCGUUUAAUAUUUUGUUGUAAAAGUUGUCGUUAUAUAUGUAAAAGAACAAGAUCAAAAAAUACCGAUGUGCCUAAAAGUUUAGAAGAUGAUAGUAAUAAUAGAGAUAAUCAUAACAAUAAUCGUAGGCAAUCAGGUAUCACAAAUUUAAAAAAAAAACCUAAUGGUGGAAUACUUGCUAAUACAAAUCGUAUACCUACUAUUAUAGAAGAUGAUGCAAUAUCAGAAUCUGGAACUUUAGGAGAUGUAUCUGAAAUACAAACAGUUGAUGAUUCAGAUGCUUCUAUAGAUCAGGAAGGUAAAGGAAAAAAAAGUACCAGUUUUGAGGAUGACCCUAGUUCAAAUGAAGAAGAUUAUAAAAUUUCUGAUCAUGAAAGAAGAGUAUCUGUACUUUUUAUCUUAAUAAUAAUGCUAUGUUAUACUGCUGGUGGAGCAUGUUUAAUUCAAUGUUGGGAAGAUUGGGAUUUUAUGGAAGCAUUUUACUUUUGUUUUGUGACUGUCACAACAAUUGGUUUUGGAGAUAUUGUGCCUCAUAAUGCAGAUUUUUUACCAUUAACUUUAGCAUAUAUAAUAUUUGGCCUUAUUAUUACAACAAUGUGUAUUGAUUUAGUAGGAAGUGAAUAUAUUAAAGAUAUUCAUUUUUAUGGUAGAUCAAUAGGACGUUCUUUUUUAACAAUUGGUGGAAAAGUAGUACAUUUAUCAGAAGUCUUUUCAUAUGUAGCAUUUUUACAAAAAAAUUUUGGUCUUACACCAGAACAAUUAGAUAGAUUAGCACAAUUACCAGAAGAAUAUUUAUUAGAUUGUCUAGUUAAUGGUAAACAACCUGAUGUUAAAUGGAUUGGUGGUAGACCAUUUAUACCACAAGAUAUUUAUUAUUUUAAAUGGAUUGAACAACCAAGAACAUUAUCAUUUGUCUCAGAAAGAGUUUUAGCUUCAAUGGAAAGUCUUGAUCUUAAUACAUCUAGAUGUAGUACAGCACGAACAUUAACACCAAAAGAAUAUUAUCAAAAAAUUUUAGUUCAUUAUUGUAGGCAAAUGCAACCUCCUGAUACUGGAAAUGAUAUUCCUAAUAUAGAUGCUAAAAAAGGCCUUUAA